AUGGGCCUCAAUGCUGUCAUCAACGACGCAUCGACUCCUGACGACGCUGUAUCACGGCAAUUUUCUUUCGAGCCCGCUCAGUAUGGCCCUUUCAUGAAAAUGCUCACCAUGGAUCCCCUUUGGGAUAUCAAGAGAGCAGACGCACUUCGCCUGAUUUGCGACUUCUGUCGUGGCCCAGGUUCGACAUAUCCAAUAUUUGAGCAUCACACGAUGAUGAACAUAGCCAAUCGAGUAUUUGGGUCUUUGGAGUCGGCCCAAGGUGGGAAAUUGAAGGAGAGAGGGCUGGCUGCGGCAGAAGCCAUAUUCAAUGCACAUACCAACAAACUGAAGGUUGUGAUUGCUAUAGGACGCACUCUUGAGAGCGGUGGACGAAGUGAUCAAGCACAACGAUUAUUUCAGAGCGUGACAGAAGCUGUGGAGGGCCUUCUUUGGAACUCCGAUGGAAUCUGUGGUAUUCAGCUACUAGUACUGGUGGCGUUGUAUUACUAUCAUCUUGACGAUCAAGUUCGGACGUUCAGAAUCAUCGGGUUCGCAGCAAGACAUUGCCUUGAGAUGGGGCUGCAUCGAAGGGAGACCAUCCUCAAAACAUUUCAAGAUGAAAACGAUCGGAUGAUUGCACUGAGAGUACUGUGGUCGGUGUAUACAUUGGAAAGGAGGACGAGUCUUAGUCAAGGGGUGCCGUACUCCAUCCAAGACUCUCACAUCGACCCAUCACUAUUCACAAUGGACAUAUCGAAUCCUUUCCUUUCCAGCAUGGUGGAAUGGACGCAACUUGCAGGGAAGGCAUGGCAAAUAUUGAACAAUCAGUGCGAGAAAGCGUCCGUGAUAUCGAAAGAAGAAAUUGACUUUCUGGAUUACCAAAUCCUUCGAUGGUACAACCAGGUUCCCGACCAGCUCCAGCUAUCCUAUGCAAGAACGAAUAUCCAACUUGCCGAUGAUGACGCGUACCAAGAUCCCUUAUAUCUACCGACAAUUUUGUAUAUCCGCCAAAACUACCUACGAAAUCUCAUAUAUCGGCCAAUCUUGCAGUCGGCAAGGAGAAUUAGGGAGAAUGAACGCUAUGCGCAUGUAGCGGCCGAGGUAGCCAAAACGUCAAUAGCCACCAUGUGGCAGUUGAACCAAACGUCCAACCUGAUUGGAACACACCCGAUCGUCUUCAAACAUUUCGUUCUCAGUUCAUUUGGAAAUCUGUCACUGCUUGUGGUGAAUGCGACCAAUCAGUUCUGGGCGAGUGUUCGAGACGAAUUUCAUCUCGCGUUGAAGUUGAUCAGACUCUUGAGCACACGCUCUGGACCUCUUAUGCGCCUGUGGAAAAGGUUACAAGGGCUUGAAGAAUUGCAGUCUAAGAUCAAUGCGGCGGCGCCUUUGAUAUCGACCGAGCAAACUAGGAUGCCCCGGCCGGUGACUAAACCGAAGUGUAGCCAACAAACAGAAGAAUUUAGGAUGGAAUUUCCAGCGUUCGGAGAUCCGACGCCAGGUAGUGAUUCUAUGACGUCUGCUUUUGAGGGAUCCUACAUCAGGGAUGAAUUCGCUGGUCUCUUUGACCAAGCCGCUGAUUCAGAUUCCUUUUUCGAUUUUCCUUUCACAGAGUUUGGGAAUUGA